GGGAAGAGGAGGAGAUUCAUUCGGAAGCAGCGACGCCCUCAGCUGAUCCUCCUCACUGAACUUGUUUUCAUCGGUUCGAUCAGAGUUCAGUUUACUGACCCGGACCAGAACCGUCCUCCGAAUCCACGGCGAGCUUCUAACCAGGAGGAGGGGGAGGAGCUCUAUGGAAACGUCCCCACCUCUGGACGUGAGCUGGAUGUGAGCUGGACAUCCAGAGCCAGAGGGGAACAUGGGCAACAGUGCGCUGAAGUCUCACCUGGAGACCUCCCAGAAAACGGGAGUGUUUCAGCUGACGGCCAAAGGCCUGCAGGAGUUUCCAGAGGAGCUCCAGAGGCUCACCGCCAACCUGAGGACGGUGGAUCUGUCCGGGAAUAAGAUCGAGGUUCUCCCAGCCUCAGUCGGAAACUUCCUGCAGCUGAAAAGCCUGACGCUGAACUCCAACAAGCUGACUGGCCUUCCUGCAGAGAUCGGCAAGCUGAAGAAGCUUGAGACCCUGAGCUUGAAUGGGAAUCAGAUCCAGCAGCUGCCCCCCACCUUGGGCCAGCUCAAGGCCCUGAGGACCCUGAACCUGUCUGGGAACCAGUUCACCGAGUUCCCAGCAGGCCUGGGAACGCUGAGGCAUCUGGACCUGCUGGAUUUGUCCAGAAACAGGAUUCAGAGCGUCCCAGCAGCCGUCUUAGAGCUGCAGGCCAUCGAGAUCAACCUCAACCAAAACCAGAUCUCAGUGCUGUCAGCAGAAGUGUCCCGCUGUCCCCGUCUCAAAGUUCUGCGUCUGGAGGAGAACUGUCUGGAACUGUCCUCCAUUCCUGAGUCCAUCCUGACCGAGUCCCAGGUGUCCCUGUUCUCCUUGGAGGGAAACCUGUUCGAGGUGAAGAAGCUCAGAGAGCUGGAGGGAUAUGAAAAGUACAUGGAGCGCUUCACUGCCACCAAGAAGAAGUUCGCCUGAAUCCCCGCUACCAUGACGACUCUAGACUUGGCGUCGGUCUGUAACCCACCAUACCUCCCACCCCCAUCCUGCACCAGCCGGACCUUCUUAUUGGUCUGCAGCGAGGUGCUUCCUGCAGCACUCCACACAGACACCGGACCUGCUGACACACGGAGACGGACGAUGACGGCGAGGCAGGCUCAACACGACCCCCUUGAGAUCCAGAGCGGCUUUUUAACCAGGAUUUGCUUCCAGGCUUUAGUGUUCAGUAAGCGGUGAGCGACAUGCACCUCCAGAACAGGGACAUUUAAGUGAUGUCACGCACUUUCACAAGUCCUGAUCUUGAUGCAGAAGAGGAGAAAACAAAAAACCCAGCAGGUUUUUUUAAUCAGAGUUUUUCUCUGCAUGUUUAGACUCUGGCCCUGUGGCAGAGCUCAGGAGGCUUCGGACAUGUUGGACGCUUCACGGCUGUUUUUGUCUUGCAUGAGGUCUGGUGGCUUUAUAGUGCAGCUGCUCAGUGUGGCAUCACGUCGUACUCACCCUUUAGCAAAAACAUUAAACCGCUCCACCCCCCACCCCCUCUCAUGCCUUGCAGUUUUAUUUAAUCACCGCCAUCUUUAGCGCGUCCCACCAUGUGACCCCGUGAAGCUCCACCCAGCAGUGUGUGGACUCUAAAUCCUUUCUUCUUUUAGGGAGCGUUUGUGUUGCUUCUUAUUAUCCGGCAGACGUAAACAUGUAAUGUAAUGUGCAAACAGUCGAGCUGGGUUUGAGUCUCUGAACCAAACUUCUUCUGUGUCAGCUGAGUUCCCCCCACCAUCCAUAAAUUAAUAAUUCCAUGGAUUUUUUCAUAUUUUCUCAUCAGCUAUGUAUUUAUAUUUGAUAAUCCAGUCAUACAAAGACACUUCAUCAUGUAUUACAAUGAUUUAAAUCACUUUAGUUUUGGAGAAUCCCACAUCACAGGUUCCCCAAUGCUGUUGCUUAUUAAACAAAGAUGAUGAAAUAAUGUGAAAACCAAUGAGGGGAAAACUGCAUUGAGCACAAAAAUCCCGGAUUCGUCCAGAUCAGUGCAAAGGUUUUCAUACUCCCUGGACUUUUCUACUUUACAGCCUCAACCUUCAGAAGAAGUGUGAUCGACCAAUCAGCUCACAGCAUGAGGAGAAUGCUGCAGGUCUCCCAGCAGACGGAGCCAUUAUCUCUGUUUCAGUCAAAUCAAACAGCACUCCACAAAUUCUGUUUGAUUUUGACCUUUGACUAGGCCAUUCUAGCAUAUGCAUGCAGUUUGAUCUAAACCGGCUCCGAUUGCAUGUGAAGGUGAACCUCCACCUCACUCUGCAGUCUCUGAACAGGUUUUAGUCCACCCGACCUUCUUCCACAUGUCUGUUGGACACAGAUUGGACUUCCUGUUUCUGUCUCUCAACAGAACAAAACAAGAUUUUCCUUCUUGCUGUUCAUGUUCGAAGCUUGGGAUGUCGUUCUAGAUCCUAACCCUGCUUUUUAACUUCUCCAGAACUUCCUCCCUGAGCUGCUGCUGGGUUGCUGCGUCUCCACAAUGCUGCUCGUUCUCUAAUGCUCUCUAACAAACCCAGCAGCUGCAUCCAGACUCAGAUUUUAUUUCUCAAAUCUGGACUCUUGUGUACAAUUAGGCGACUUAUGAAGGAAACUGGUUGUGCUGGAAUUUAUUUAGGGACUGAAGAGUCUGCAUGUCUUUUUAGAGUUGUGGUUGCGAAGGACUUUGUGAACCGUGCCACCGUUUUCCUCUGACUCCACAGGUUUGCACUGCUCUCUGUUGGUUCAUUCACAAUAAAACGUAUUAAUGGAACGGAACUAAAAGUGGAAAAGUUGUAUGUGAAACGGCUUGUGGAAGCUUUUUCAAAGUGUGUACUUCCGUUUUUCUAUGACUGUAAGUAACUAAGACACUAAGCAGGCGUUUUCACUUUAUUACUUUAAAAUAAUCAACUGAAGUGAUAUUCUGUUAAAGCCAGUAUGUGUCGGUGUUUGCUCUGUGAUUGUGUUUAAACAGAUGCAUUCUGUACUCUGCUGCUGAAACAAACAGGUGGAGUGAAGGAGUGGCUCUCCAGCAUGUCCAGGGAAAUUUGUCUAUAAUCUUUUUUUUUUUCUUGUAUUUAAUUAAAGCAGAUGCUCAACAAGUCA